AUGCCAUGUUUUUAUUGUGAAACUUUUAAAGCAUUUCUUAUUUCCAAACUAAUGCUCUAUGGAAAUCUGCUCACCUCCUCAUUAUUGUUUAGAACUUCACCUCAAACAGUGCUCACAUAUUGUACAAGUGGUGUACUGCUGAGGAUGCUCACUCAAGAUGAUGCUGCUCGUGACAUCUCCCAUAUCAUUCUUGUGUUUUAUACCAUCUCAUUAGUCUUCUACCGCGUUGUUUUAUUCAAUUGCUUCUCCCUAGAUAUCGUUUUAUCUUUGAGAGUUUUGGAGAGAAAUUACUCUGCAGGUCAUUUUGAUGUCGGCCACCAUGGAGGGAAAUUUGAGGCUGUUCACUAA